AAAAUCAGCAGCAGCAGCAGCAGCAGCCAGAGCAGCCGCAGCAGCAGCUAUUGUAGAUAGCAGCUGAGCUCAAGAACUGUAAACAACAUCCAAGACUCGACAGCUCCCUCGACCCCGACCACGCCCCAUCGCGCAGCCUCUGAAGCGCGCCUCGUCUCGUCACUCGUCGCGUUAGUUCCGCGAUUGUGAGCGUCGCUCAAUGCCGAUACCGAUAACGAUAACGCAAUCGAUUACUCUGCGCCUGUGUGUGCACGUGAGUGUGUGAGUGUGUCUAUGUGUGUGCAGCCAUCAGCCAUCAGUCAUUAGCCAUCAGUCAUCAGCCAUUUGAGCCAAAAGCCUUUCUUGGGGCAACAUGUGAAGUGCAAGUGUCAUAGAAAUAUUGAUGGCAGAUAUAUAUCCAAGUAUAUAUACAUAUAUCUGCAGCAGUUCCGGAGCAGUUAUCGAUAACAGCAGUGUAUGCGCAUGUGUGUCCAUAUAAAUAUAAUGUAUGCAACGUUCGUGAAUUGCCAGAAUUGGUUGUUGUUGCACUUGCAGCCAAAGGAUUUGUGGAUUUUGAAACGUUUCUAAGAGGUGCAGCAGGUGCACAAGAGUUGCAAGCGACCAUGCGCGCAUGGCUUCUACUCCUCGCAGUGCUGGCGACUUUUCAAACGAUCGUUCAAGUUGCUAGCACCGAGGAUAUAUCGACCAGAUUUAUCGCAGCGAUAGCGCCAACAACGACAACUAAGGCCAUAAUCAAUACUAAACCAACAGCAACAACAACAACAGCAUUAGCUAAAGCAUUUAAGCCAUUCAAUGAGUUGCUACUCAACAACAUCAACAACAGCAGUGAUAGUGAUAUUAAUAUGAAGCAGCAAACAAGUGCCGUUGCAUUAAAACAAAAUAACGAAGUGCAUAAAACAAGAACAGACCAAUUAGAAUAUUCCAAAAAUUCCAAAAAUAAGCAUAAACAGCAUAAGCAUACUAAAUCAACUAACAAAAUGGCCAACAAACAGCCACAACAACAAACACACACAACUACAACACCAACAACAGCAGCAGCAACGCCGCAGACACAAGUGUUUGGCCACGCCCCCGCGCCAGUUGACGCCGCCCCAUUUGAGAGCACGGACAGCGUAUUGGGGGAGUUCGAAAUGCCGGGCGUUGCGGAUGCAAUCAUCGUCGAGGACGAACCAGCCACCUACAGCAGCAAAGAGAUCAUCAAGGACAAAGUGAAACCGGAUCCAUCCACUCUAGUCGAAAUCGAGAACAGUCUGCUAUCGCUGUUCAACAUGAAGAGGCCGCCGAAGAUCGACAGAUCCAAAAUCAUAAUUCCGGAGGCCAUGAAGAAUCUCUAUGCCCAGAUCAUGGGACACGAAAUUGAUUCCGUGAAUAUACCCAAGCCGGGACUAUUGACCAAAUCAGCGAACACUGUCCGAAGUUUUACACAUAAAGAUAGUAAAAUCGACGAUAGAUUUCCACAUCAUCAUCGGUUUCGGCUGCACUUCGAUGUGAAGAGCAUACCCGCCGAGGAGAAGCUGAAGGCCGCUGAGCUGCAGCUGACACGAUCAGCGCUGAGCGUCAGCCAAGCGGUGAAUCGGACACGUUACCAGGUGCUCGUCUACGACAUAACGAGAGUGGGCGUGCGGGGUCAUCGGGAGCCGAGCUACUUGCUAUUGGACACGAAGACAGUGCGUCUGAAUAGCACCGAGACGGUGAGUCUGGAUGUCCAACCGGCCGUUGAUCGGUGGCUGGAAACACCGCAAAAGAACUUCGGCCUGCUGGUGGAGGUGCGCACGAUGCGCUCCCUGAAGCCGGCGCCGCAUCAUCAUGUGCGUCUACGCCGCAGUGCGGACGAGGCGCACGAUGAGUGGCAGCACAAGCAGCCGUUGCUCUUCACCUACACAGACGACGGGCGGCACAAGUCCCGUUCGAUUCGGGACGUGAGCGCCCGGGAGGGCGGCGGCGGCGGCAACGGGGGCGGUCGCAAUCGCCGGCAUCAGCGACGCUCGCGUCGCAAGAAUCACGAGGAGACAUGUCGACGGCAUUCGCUCUACGUGGACUUCCAGGAUGUGGGCUGGAGCGAUUGGAUUGUCGCGCCGCCGGGCUACGAUGCGUACUACUGCCAUGGCAAGUGUCCGUUUCCACUGGCCGACCAUCUGAAUUCCACAAAUCAUGCGGUCGUCCAGACCUUAGUCAAUAAUAUCAAUCCAGGGAAGGUACCAAAGGCGUGCUGUGUGCCCACACAGCUGGAGGGCAUCUCGAUGCUCUAUCUCAAUGACCAAAGGACAGUUGUGCUCAAGAACUAUCAGGAUAUGACAGUUGUUGGCUGUGGCUGUCGAUAAGCCACAAAGCAACAGCAACAGCAAGAGAAGAGAGAGAGAGAAAGAGAGCGAGCAAGAGAGAGAGAGAGAGAGAGAGCAUCAAAUGCUGUUUGGUUCCAAGCCGUCAAUGCUUUAAACACAACGCAAACAAAAUGGACUGAAUAUUUGAAUUUUAAGUGUAAAUCGUAGACUUUAAUUGUAUGUAGAGCGAAAUGCAGCCACCACAAUCGACCGACCAGAGACCCAACCCCAGCCUCAGCCCCCGCAUCCCAGCAGCCGACGCCGCCGCCGCCUCUGUCACUUUCCACAGCCAGGCUUUGGAAAUGUUGCACAGAGCCAAACGCCGAGACGCAAGCAACAACUGUAAAUAGCCGCCCCACCACGCCCCCACCCCUAGCAGUCAACAAAACCAAUGCCAUAGACCGCACUCUGAGAUACUUUUGUAUCUUGCUGAAUUGAACAAAUUGUAUAGAAAAGCUAAUGCUAAGCUAAAUAUAUAUAAAAACAACUGUAAAAAUCGAAUCAGGCAAGCGAAAAUGUCCUGCAAAGAGU